AUGCUACCUAGAUUACGCUACUGAUGCUACUCGUUAAGGAAUUUGCAGCAUGUAAAUACAUGUGUGGAGUCGUAUGGCGGCAAUUCAAAUAAUGUAUAAUGUUAUUCAAUAACUUUAAAAUAGACAUUUGAGAACUACACUUCUUCGAUAGUUUAAUAAACUAUGCCUGGUAUUAGUAGAUGGUGUUGUCCAAAUUUUCGUUUAUUCUUAUGGGACUCAAGAAGGAAGUUGCUUUGCAAAAGAGCUGCACCAGAAUGGGGCCAGUUUUGUAUGUACUAUCUUGGAUUUUUUUUAAUCUUGAUGACUCUCACUGCAUUUAUGUGUAUCAUUAUCAUACAUUAUGUGCAACGUUACCAGACAACAUUCUUUGACGUGAAUCACCUUGGAGGGACCCCCAGUGUAUCAAUGCGUCCUUUUGCACCAAAACAACUCAUUAUUUAUAGAUUACAAGAUGUGCAAAUGUCUCCUAGUAGCUACAUUAAUGAUUUCAAAAACUUAUUGCAAGCAUAUGAGAAUCAAGACAACAAAACACAUCAAGAAUGCACCAGUACCUGUCUGAAUUCAGCCAAACCAUGUAAAUUUAACAUUUCUUCUUUAGGUCCUUGUGGAAAGGAACCUUAUGGGUAUGACACAGAGAGCCCUUGUGUGCUGAUAAAGCUCAACAAGCAUUUUGGAUGGUUUCCUUGUUUACCUCCAAAUGAUCCUUCGAGACAGUCCCAGCAAUCUUACAUUGAAGUGGAAUGUAAAGGACAUCAGCCGGCUGACAGGGAACAUUAUUCCAAACUGCACCUCUACCCCCAAAAUGGCUUUUCAACUUCUUUCUUUCCUUAUUCUGCUCAAAAGCAUUAUUUAGCACCACUUGUUGCUGUUAAAAUAGAAAAUCCUCUUUCUGGUAUACUUGUAACAAUUGAAUGUACUUCAAGAUAUGAGGGGAAGGCUGUAUCAUCAGUAAUAUUCCAAGUGAUUGUGGUAGGAAGAUAGCAAUGUUUAAUAUCUUAGAGAUCAGAGAUAUUGCUCUAUUCUUCCAGCCUGCACUGCAUACAACUGUACAGAAGCUCUAAUGGAAAGUUUGCUAAUAAUGAAAAGAUUCUAUUGCUUUGCACUGAAGUGUAAUGCAGUCAUGAAAUGCGUGUGUGUUAUGCAUUACAAAUGGAAAUACAAAUCAAUGGUUUGUCAUGUUAUCUUGGUUUGAAAUGGAAGGAACACAAAGUUUUGGAAAGGACUUGUGAAGGAGAGAUCAUUAGGGAGAGGAAGUGCUUGAAUCUUGAAAUAGAUGAAUUUUUCAAUGUUUUGGUACAUCUAUUUUUGAAGCAUUAUAAUGUUUUCUGUUUCAAUAUCCAUUUUUAUUCAUAAAUUUUGAUCCUUUCCAUCUUUUUCUCUAUUCAUUUACACGUCUAUAAAAUUUACGCUUUUUAAAGCUCAAAAACAGACAAAAAUACCACAUCAAGACACCCCAUUACAAAUUAAUAGGCAGAUUUUUUUUUUCUGAAUAAAAUUCUCUAAUCAUUUGGUCAAUUUGUGUAAUUUUUUUUAAUUUCCCUCAUCCUCCAACCAGUCUUCCCCUCACCUUGUUUUUCCCCUUUGUUUUGAAAAGCAUUUUCCACCUCAGUCAAUUAACCACAAAACAUCAGUGGGUUAACAUGGCUGUAACUUUUGUUCUACGGACCUACAACUUAACAUAGGCCAUAAUAAGAUUUAUGGUUUGUCCCCCAUUUUUCAUUUUCAUGUUCCCAUGAUUCAUUAUGAAUUUCCCCUUUGAAGCAAGGUGAGUCUCAACUCUCCUUUUGUCUGAAUAGUGAAGUUUAGUUUUAUUAGGAUUUAUUGUUAAUAUAUAGAGACUUUACCUGAAGAUGUCAUUGCAUGAAGUCCAUGAAAGGUUUUUAUAUAAUAAAUUAAUUGCUCACUUACUGAAAAUGUAUAUCUAAAAUUUUUUGAUGGUGUAUGAUUGUCAUGGACUUUCUACUUCCAUAAAUGAAUAAAAUCCAAUUCUUCAACAAUUGUUUUGAAGUGUCUUAACAGCACUAGAUGAAUGGUUUACUUGUGUUUGAUCCUUACGAUGGGUGCACUUACCUUUGGUACCUUGUUUCUUGAGCAGUGGAUCCAAAUCUCAGCACAAUUAUCACAACAAAAUUUUAAUAAUAAACAUCCAUACAUCUCUAGAUCCAACAACAAAUUGCAAAGAGAUAAUUCUGUGUAUGAUCAUUGACCUGUGGAAUUUUUCUGAAUAACUAGUAGUUUUCUAGUGGCAUGCUAUCCUGGCUUCAACACUUUUGGCCAGUUUUUUCCUCUUCCUUAAAGCCUCUUUAUAA